AUGGGAGGUAUUGAUCAUACGUCUAUGUCACCGGCCGUCGCCUCUGAUGGCACGGGCCAUGCCAGGAAGCGUAAUGUUGGUAUGGCGGGGCUCGACAGCUCCCCCGGAAGUAUGGAUGAUGUUGAAGAUGUUGAGAACCGCGAGGAGAAGAGAAGGCAGCCCGUGAAGCGCGCUUGCAACGAAUGUCGGCAGCAGAAGCUCCGCUGUGAUGUGAUUCAAGACCCGUGGAUGGACUGCUCACGAUGUCGCCGGCUGAAACUCGACUGCAAGAUUGAAUCCAAUUUCAAGCGGGUCGGAAAGCGAAGUCGCAACGCGGAGAUGGAACGAGAGAUUAUUGAGUUGAGGAAGCAAAUCGCCAGUGCACAGGCCGGUACAGUUGGAACACACCCGCAACCGCAUGGUCUGCCGACGGCGCAACAGACACCGAAACAGGAGAACCCGUCUAGCCAGGUUAGCCCGGCCGGUGUAUAUCAGACACCAUCCGCAAUGUCUGCAGCGGAGCAGUUUAUGGGGUCGCAUGAGGCUGUUGCUUCAUUGCUUGAUUUGCGAUCAGGGUUCGACGGUUCGAAUUAUAUGAGGAAUGGGAGUCCGCCCUUCAAGCGAGUCGAAGACGUGGCGGUGGGACCUGACAGAGUCGCAGAGCUUUUUGAUCUUUUUUUCACCUACUACCACCCGUUUCUACCGUUCCUUGACCGAGAGCAAUCCGCAGAGGACUAUUAUACGGCUUCCCCUUUGCUUUUUUGGACUAUCAUUAGUGUCGGGGCUCGACGAUAUCAAGCCGACCAAACUCUACUCAACUCACUCGCCGGACCUGUAACGCGACUAAUAUGGAGUACGAUUGCCGAUGUCCCACAGAGCUAUCACCAUGUCAAAGCGCUUUGUUUGCUCUGCAGCUGGCCGUUCCCAACUAGCAGUACGUCGACAGAUCCGACGUUUAUGCUUUGUGGCCUGAUGAUACAGGUUGCCAUGCAACUCGGGCUACAUCGCCCAUCACAUACCCAAGAUUUCAGCAAGUAUAGGGUAGAGCUUAUCGAGGAAGAACUGAGAGAUAAAGUCAGGACGUGGGCAAUCUGCAACAUUGUCGCUCAGCGUGUUGCAACAGGAUAUGGACAGCCGCCCUGUACAUUGUAUGAUUGGACUCUGUCAUCUCAAGAGUCGAUGGACCCAAAUUUCAAACUUCCUGAAAGCAUUAGGCACAGGCUCGACAUCGAGAAAUUUUGCGACAAAGUUACUAAAGCACUUUACACCAAUCGUCGCGAUCCCGUCGGACUGUGUGGUAGUCAGGAGCGGUCAACCUUGACAUCGCUCCUUACGCGAGAUCUUGACGAACUCGAGACUCUCUUGCAGCCGCAAAAUGAUGGUAUGUUGUCUGCGUUGGCCAGUUUGAACUUCGCACUAAUUACUGCAGGUAUUACUGACUUAUAUUUACGCGCAUCCAAUCUUCAUCUUCACCUGUCCGCCUUUUUCGACGACCCUUCCGCCAAAGACUAUAGAGAACGGCUUCUUUCUCUUUUCUUUGCUGCCACCUCUUUUCUUGAAGCUGCGAUGAAACUUCAGACAGAACUUGGCCCGCUUCUUGCAUACACGCCGUACUACAUCUAUCAAAUGAUGGUUGCGGGGGGCUGCACAUUGCUGAAGCUAUGCAAGAGUUUCUUUGCCGCCCAUAUCGACAUGGAGUAUACAAAGGAUCUCUUCGCUCGUACAAUCUGGUCUAUUCGGAAAGCAUCGGUGAUCUCGAACGACCUCCCUGAGCGGCUGGCCGAGGUUUUGGCCCAGAUGUGGAAACUUGGAAGCACGCCGUCGCCGCAACCACCUCCGGAUGGGGUUGAAAUGGAUGACUCGCUAAUGCUCAAAGUGCGGUGUCGCAUGAGUAUGUCGCUUCUGUUCGACUCGGUAUGGCGAUGGCGAGAGGAUACGCGGACUAAAGGCCGCAACAUUGAAGGUAAGUUCAAUCAAUGUGAGGCGAGGAUCAAACAUUGA